GGUGACGGCGGGGUGGUGCGCUGACGCGUGGUGGCUUGGAGCGACCCGUGCUCGUCAACGGCAGGACCGUGACGCACAGCGACACCGCACCCCCAGGUCCGAGAUGUCUCCCGCCGCCCAGCCGUCUGCGGCGCCACCGUCGUUAAAGGUGGCGCUAGUGUCGCUGCUGCACGCCGCUGUGACGCUGGCCGCGGUGCCCGCCAGCCAGGCCACGUCGGUGACCGAAAUCAUCGCGGCCCAGACGGGCGCGGCGCGCCAGUACUGCGAGGACGGCCUCUACGAGUGUGUGCCCUUCUACCACUGUGACUCGGAAAACAUCGUGACCGACGGCCGCGGCCUGCUGGACAUCCGGUUCGGUGGCGAGCUGACCGACAAUGCCAAGAACUCACCGACGCGAACCCACUCCGAGUGCGACGACUUCCUGGACGUGUGCUGCAGGCAGCCCCGCCUGGCCGAGCACCGCAAGCGCCCGCCGGCGGCGUUUGCCCCCAGCUGCGGUCGUCGCAACCCCCAGGGUCUCGACGUCAGGAUACUGGGCUUCCAGGACCACGAGACGCAGUUCGGCGAGUUCCCGUGGCAGGUGGCCCUGACGCGCCGGGACCGCAAGGGCCGCACGCUCUUCGUCGGAGGCGGCUCGCUCAUCCACAGACAGGUGGUGCUCAGCGCGGCCCACACGGUCCGCAUGUACUCUGGGCUGCAGGCGCGCCUGGGCGAGUGGGACACGCAGCACACGACCGAGUACUACAGCCACCUGAACAUGGCGGUACAGCGCGUGAUUCGGCACCCCGACUACAACGGCGGCAACCUACACAACGACAUCGCGCUGCUGAUUCUGGCCGCUCCGGUGGAUCUGCGGCCGCACAUGGAUACCGUGUGCCUGCCGCCGCCGGGCUUCACCCCCCUCAGCGACUGUAUGGUCACUGGCUGGGGCAUGAACGCCUUCGGCAGCAACGACUACCAGACGGUGCUCAAGUCCCUCAGCCUCCCUCUGGUGGACUCGUCCACGUGCGAGAGCGCGCUGCGCCGCACACGACUCGGCGCGUUUUUCCAGCUGGACGAUUCCUUUGUGUGCGCCGGGGGGCGGUUGGGCGAGGACGCGUGCACCGGCGACGGCGGCUCAGCGCUCGUGUGCCCAGACCCGGCGGACCCAGGCCGCUACGUGCAGGUCGGCAUCGUGUCCUGGGGCAUCGGCUGCGGCCAGGACGGCCUGCCGGGCGUGUACGCCGACGUGCGACAGUUCACCGGCUGGAUCGCACAGGAGAUCGCCGCCGCUGGGUUGUAGCCGACCACCGACCUGAGCCGCUUGCGAACGCGAUUGUCGCGGGACGUGGUUGGCGUCCACAGUCGCGAGUUUCUGUGUAGUGGCCGCGAGACGGCGCUGGAGGCUGGUGACUGCGCUGGUGCUGGUGCCGCCGGUGCUGGGCGCCUGGCAACGCCUCCCCCCCCCCUCCUCCCCUGAAAUCAGGCGCAACGUGCGCCACGUGAACAACAAACGGUUUUUCUUCGUUGCCAUGGUCGUUGUUCUGCUUAGGAUCCUCGCCUCGCAUCCCGAGUCUUCACUGCCGGCGUUGGCAGUGUGCGCGUCCCAAGCGACGCCAGGAGGUGCGGGCUUUGAGAUCGGUGCCGCGGAGCAGCGCCGCUCGGAGGCGGUGGAUGGCCGUGGCGGUCGCGUCGCGUACCGAAACAUUCUUCACCAGGGGGGAGCAGAGUGAAGCAGCCGCCGCAGCCGUGCGCUGGCAAGAGUUCGUGGACGGAAAUGCAUGUAUUAGUUUCUGGUGUGCUCUGUUGUGCUUUGGAUAUGUCGGAGGAAAAUAUGGGGUCAGCGAGAGUGUUUGCUCGGCGUUUUAUCAUUUGAACACGCAUUCCAGCAAGCAUUUCAGCACGCCAUCUGGCGUGCGUGAGGCUCACCUGGAAUUCUCUUCCAAGACGGGAGAAAAGCCCUUAAAUUGGUGGAACUGAAAUUGGCGUGAUUCAGAGAGUCAGCCUCGCAGCCGGGAUGCAUGGUAGUGGUUUUUAUGUCAACCGAGUCAAAAACUUAGCGAAUAUGAGUUAGCUCCUUCAGCACAUUAGCAGUCGGAGCUUGUGCCAGUGUAAUUUUAAGUGUGGGCGUAGUUUUAACUGUGAUUUUGUGACUUAAAGUAGCGUGAGUGUGUGGUGUGACUGUGCUGGUGUAAUAAACGACACAAAAACCUAAAGUGUCAA